AUGUCUACAAGAGCACCGUUCCUCCAAGAGUAUACACAAGAGGACGACGUCAAGCCGCGGAGACCUAUACCGCACAUAUUUUCCCCCUUCUGGCACGGGACUGACUCCAACUACGAAACAACCAACAGGGACAUCAGGGCCAUGAUUUCCAAACCAUUGUCAGGAGACGAGCAGAGGACUGCAGAUUCAGGGGGCGGCUACGUGUACGUGUUCUGCCUUCCGGUCGACGAAGCCGUGAGCCCACCAACGCGCCACGUCAAGAUCGGCAUGACGACCAGGUCUGUUCCCGACCGGAUGCGGAGGAUCGCGAGCGCGUGCCGAUACGAACCCUCGGCGGUCUGCAGCGUGUCCACGCGGUAUCCACUCCGCGUGGAGCGGCUCUGCCACGCGCAGCUCCGAGGCCGGCGCCGCAGGGAGUCGCCUAGUUGCCCGGGCUGUGGUCGGGCUCACCGGGAGUGGUUCGAGGUGGGUCCGCCAGAGGCUGAGCGGGUGGUGUGUUUCUGGUCCGAGUGGAUGGAGCAUACCGAGCCGUACAAUGAGGGUACAGGUGAGCUCAAGUCCGAAUGGAGUGAGCGUUUGGGUGAGGUGCAGGUUUGUGAUGAACCUAGCCGCUGCUGGGGUUUAUUCUGCAAUGAUGCGGAUGUGAUGAUGAGGGGGCGCGUGGCAAAACAUGAGACCACAGUCUGA